CAAGACCAUAGACCCUCUCAAGCAAAAGCAAAUAACUUAACAGUAUUUCUAAAUCGAGAUUCGAGAGUACUCAAAGUGCUGCAAUAUAAUGGCUGCAUCAGGGGAAAAUGUGCAACUUUUGGGAAUUGUGGGAAGCCCAUUUGUGUGCAGGGUACAGAUUGCUCUCAAGCUGAAGGGAGUUGAAUACGAAUUCGUGGAACAAACCUUGGGUCAAAAGAGUGAACUGCUCCUCAAAUACAACCCUGUUCAUAAGAAGGUUCCUGUUCUUGCUCACAAUGAGAAGCCCAUAGCAGAGUCCCUUGUGAUUCUUGAGUACAUUGAUGAGACCUGGAAAAGCAACCCCAUCUUGCCUUCUGAACCUUACCAGAGAGCCAUGGCCAGAUUCUGGUCCAAAUUCAUAGAUGACAAGGUCGUGGAUACAACAUGGAAAUCUGUUUUCACAGUGGAAGAGGAAGAGCGUGAGAAGAGAAUUGAAGAAUUAUCUGAGGCACUGCAGUUUCUUGAGAAUGAGCUGAAGGACAAGUUUUUUGGGGGAGAGGAGUUUGGGUUUGUGGACAUUGCUGCUGUGUUUGUAGCUUUUUAUGUCCCUUUGUUUCAAGAAAUAGCAGGGUUGCACUUGUUCACAGCUGAGAAAUUUCCCAAGCUCUACGACUGGAGUCAAGACUUUCUGAACCAUCCAGUUGUGAAAGAAUCUCUGCCCCCUAGAGAUCCACUUUUUGCCUUUUUCAAAGGUCGCUAUGAAAGCCUUACUGCUUCAAAAUAAGAUCAAUUUACAGUGAACUUGGAAACUUUGAUGAAAAUUGCUGGAGUAUGAGUCUGUCAUUUAUGUAUUGCUGUUAGGAUUUCAUUUCUAAGUGAGUUACAUAUGUGGUCUAGGAUUUCUCCAUGUAAUAGAAAUCCAAGCAUCUUGUUGACAUAUUUGCUAUUUCAAUUGGUUAAAGAAGUUAUGAUUCUGUUCUUUAAA